CUUCAUUUUUCCGUACGUCAACAAAAUAAGGCAAACCCAGUGCCGGACAGUUUAACAAACAUAUAUGUUUUUAAUCGACAGGUGCUUGUUUGACGUUUUUAAUUCGUGGACACGAUGUCUUCCCCUUCACAUUUUAGUGUACAAAUGUCGGCAAUAAUGGAUGUUCUGUCAAAGGCAGCAGUAGCCGAAAUUACCAAGCUGGUCGAGGACGAGUCCGUCGUACUACGACUUGAAAUUAGUCAGAGAGACGGUGAAAUACUAGAACUCAAAAGAAGUUUGAGACAGAUGGAAGUGGAUCUUUUUGAAGCGCAAGAAUCCAUCGCUAAAGCAGACGCCUCGAGAUGUCCAGAAGAGAUCAAUGCGUUUGGAGAGUACGGGCUUCAAGGUAGAGAUAAAGUUGAACAUGAUUUUAGUAUACCCCUCGGAGCAGAGCAGAACCACAUCCAUGAGCAGAUGGACCCGAGAGUGAAGAUCAAGUCUGAGCCGCUGGACGAAAGGGAUCAGCCUCCACUAAUGAAUCCAGUCAAUACAGAGCUAGCAGAGAUCGAUAAGUUGGCCUUUGACCCUGAAGAGGACAUGGUCUCUCCCUGGCCAUCCAGCGCUGUCUUUGAGGACGUGUCCGUCGAACAAACCCAUCCAACAGAUCCCGCUCAACAUGGAACAACGACCCACUGGAAUUCGGCCGGAGCACCCAAGCUUUGCGGCGCGUCACUGAUGAAGGAAGCGCCCCAGGUACCACCAAUGUGCACAGGAAGUACAAUUUUGCCGUCUAACACCUCAACAGAAUUCCCCUAUUUGUCCGGCGAGGGCGAGGGCGAGGGCGAAGCCAUGCAAUGCCGGCGUCUCAUACAGGCGGGACUCCUACCAACAGACCUGCAAAGGUGGAAUUCCGUCGGCAACUUUUUCGGGGACAACGCCCCCAGUAGAAAACCCUCCAUGGCGGGGAAGAUGGCGAGAGGUUGGCGAGCCAAUCAAAAGCCUCCACAGUCCAGCCACAGUCACUUCCUCCACAGGACUCAAAAGCCCUACAAGUGUCAGGAGUGCGGCAAGUCGUUCACGCAGCGGACCCGGCUGAACUCGCACCAGAGCGUCCACACGGGGGAGAGGCCCUUCAGCUGUCAGAUCUGUGGCAAGCUGUUCUCCCGCCAGGACAACUGCGUCCGCCACGAGCGCUUCCACAGCGGGAUCAAGCCCUACAGGUGUGAAACGUGCGGGAAAUGCUUCACGGCCCUGAGUAACGUCAAAAUACACCAGGAGAUCCACAGACGAGGGCAAUAACAUGCCGGGAUCGAACCCGGGUCGCUGCGAUCAGGACUGAGGCUUUAUGGUACGUGCGCCCCCCCCCCCCCCCCCCCCCCCCCCCCCCCCCCCGGUGAGCCACCUGGGGGGGGCCCCACUGUGUGGAACUCGGCCCGGCAUCAGGCCUUCCCGAUAGCUGGCCCCGACGAGAAGCGUCAGACUAUUAACUCGAUAAACUCGGGGAACAAAUCACUUAAGGGCUGAUUAUGGUCCCUCGUUCACGCGACGCAAAGGACCACGCAGACGCUUAGUGAACCUGUUUAUGGUUCUGCGUCGGGUUUUAGUGAGCGGACCAAUCACAGCCCUCGCUGCUGCGUCCCCUCAACGGAAGGUUACGAUUUUUUGGGGGCGCACGUCCGGCCCUUGUGGUGGACACAAGGAGGGUCCGCAAGGACAUAAGGGGUCCGUCACCCCCUUGCGUUGCGUGAACGUGGAACCAUAAAGAGCCCUUUAUGGGUCUGUAACCCCCUUGUGUUGAGUGAUCGUGGAACCAUAAUCAGCCCUUUACUCUGCGUUUGUGCUAUUGGUUUAUUUAUUUAUUUGUUCUUAUUGUAAUUUGCUCCUGUGUUUUAAAAGUCAUUCACAUGACCAAUAUUUGUAACAUUUAAUUAGUUUAAGGGUUAUGUAUUACACAUAAUGAACAAUGCAACAAGCAUGUCCUUAAAGGUUGCGUCAGCGAUUCUAGGCCAAAACAUAAAUGAUCACAUUCAUCUGAUCUUUCCUCACGAUCCACUAGCUUCCCGCCCAAUAAGCAGGCAGUAAAAAAAAAAAUGUUUGCGCUGCAUUUAUGAUAGUUUUUACUGGAUGCACGAAACACGGAAGAGAGGGGCGAGCUGGCUCUGUUUGUUCGGGAUCUCGCUUCAACUACCAACAGAAGAGACGUCGCCCAACAUCGCUGACGCAACCUUUAAUAUGUACGUUUUUGAACGGCCCUUAACUAAACAGUUUGGAUAGGGUUCGAAUGCUCAACUACGAUAGCGCCGUCUAAUACUGUUAAAUUAACGUCACAGGUAGUACAUAUUAAAGAGACGCUGUUGAGGCAAACUACUACAUUUGAUCUGACUCUACACCCCUAUCCCCCUCUCCCUCCACAACUCCAUUACAAGCUAAACUUUGCAUUGUUUACUAGUGUUAUUACACUGACCGGACACUAAUGCAAAGUGUAUUCCACGUUUUCAUACAAACAUACUAGGAUAAUUUCAGACUAAAUAGUGAGUGUGAAAGGCCCCUUAAGGUCGAUGCAUUAGAGUUUUGAAGAUAUGAGGGAAUUGUGUAUUAGCCUCUUGUUUUGCUUGAUGUAUUCCACUUUUUCUACCAGUAAGCAUUUUUUAAAUAAAGUGAUUGUGAUGGUG